UUGCAAAAUAGCCCACUAUGAUUCGAUUAAAAUGACUCGAUUUCGAAUUUCACGCUCACUCGCCCAAACCAAACAAUGGCGGGUUCUGAACCUUUUCCUUCUCCAAAAAUCCUUCUAGCAAAGCCGGGAAUCGUUACCGGAGCUCCCGUUGCCGGUAAAUUUGGCCGUGGAGGCGCCGGAGACGACGAUUCCGUUCAGCACCGUUCUCGUCUCCCUUCCGUCGCGUCCCUCAACCUUCUCUCCGAUUCCUGGGAUUUCCAUAUCGAUCGCUUUCUCCCAUUUUUGACUGAGAAUACGGACUUUACUGUGAUUGGAGUGAUUGGGCCACCUGGAGUGGGAAAGUCCACUAUUAUGAAUGAACUUUAUGGUUUUGAUUCAAGUUCCCCUGGGAUGCUACCACCUUUUGCCUUACAGUCUGAAGAAACUAGAGCUAUGGCAAGGCAUUGUUCCACGGGUGUUGAACCAAGGAUUUCAACUGAACGCAUUAUUCUUCUCGAUACCCAGCCUGUAUUCAGUGCUUCUGUUUUAGCUGAGAUGAUGAGACCAGAUGGCUCUUCAACAAUUUCAGUGCUAGGUGGAGAAACCAUGCCGGCUGAAUUGGCUCAUGAACUUAUGGGUAUUCAGCUUGCUGUUCUUCUAGCAUCCAUAUGUCAUAUUGUGCUGGUGGUGUCAGAGGGAGUUCGUGAUGAUAGCAUGUGGCAAUUGAUGUUGACGAUUGAUUUGUUGAAGCAUGGAAUUUCAGACCCGUCCUUGAUGGCAUCAUCCCUAUCACAAAGCUCUAAUUCAGUGCUUGAGAAAGAUAGACAUCUUGAACAUGAAGAAUACGUGGCCACCCCUGUGUUUGUACACACGAAGUUGCAGGAUCAAGAUUUUUCUCCUAAUAAUUUUGUGCAGUUGAAAAAGGCACUCAUGCAAUAUUUCAGACCAUCUUCUUUUGUGAGACAACACGUUGGAAACAAACCUGAAGAGCAUGCUUUAUCUUCUACAGUUCGUGGCAGUCAAAUGGAAUCUAACUUAAUAAAGUUGUAUACGAUCCCUCUAAAGAAGAAAGAUGAAAAUCCAAGAGCUCAACAUGAAAGUUACGUUUCUGCCCUAUGGAAAUUGCGUGAUCAGAUUUUAUCCAUGAAGUCACCAUCUUUCACGAGACCAGUCUCAGAGCGGGAAUGGUUAAAGAACUCUGCCAAGAUCUGGGAACAGGUAAAGAACUCCCCAACCAUAUUAGAGUAUUGUAGAACACUUCAACAUUCAGGUAUGUAUAGGAGAUAAUGACGAAGUAUGCGAAGAUUGAAGACAAUAUCCUAAGUUGUAUUUCAAGGUGUAUCUUUUUAAACGCAAAAUCAUAAUAUUAAUGUAUCAGUUGCAUAUUCUUUACGCUGAUUUUGUUGCUGCUGAUGAAUACACUUCUAUGCCUAUUUUUUAGCGAACUCGUAACAGCUUAAUUUUGUUA